UGUGUGUGUGUGUGUGUGUGUGACAGAGAGAGAGUUUAUAAAUGGUGUUGCUGAAGCUGGUGGUCACUCAGUGAUCGACCAUGAUCCUGUUGGUGUUGCUCCUCACUGCCACUCAGGCAGGCCACGCUCAGAGGGUUCAGGGUGAGGAGAAAGACGGCUCAUGUGUAUGUGAGGUGAACAGCGCCAUCUGGGCUUUUCCUACCGCUAAAUAUGAGGGAGUCACACAACUGCUACAGGGCUGUGAAGUCUCACUGCAAAAACUCCAAACACAGGUUGUGAUGACCAGUAAAGAGCUGCCUAAGAUGCAGGUCACACUGGAGAACGUGACGGCACGUCUACAGCGCUUCCAGUACCUGAACACACAUGGCCUGUACAACGCUCUGCACCUACGCCAGCUCAGCGAUGAGCUCCAGGACCUUCAUCAGAUCAUCAGUGACACACACAGGGACAGGCCCAGCGCCGAAACUCAGAAACUAAGUACAGAGUUGCAGAACGUUCAGAAGGAUGUGGAGAAGAUGUACACAGACAAUGUCUUCAACUUGGAGUCAGUGAGGGAGAGGCUACGCUUCCUCAACAACCGUGCACAGACUUGCAGGAGCAUUCCAGAUGACUUCAGGAGUAAGGGUUCCUGUUCUCAUCGUAUCAUGACCAACAUCAGCUCCCCAUUGAUCACCAAGCUGAGUCCAUUUGGCAAGUCCUACACCUCGGGUGCCUGGGGCCGUGACACCAGCGCCGGCAGUGAGGAAAGGUAUUGGGUCCAGCCUUUGGUCAACAGCCACAAGUUUGGCAACAUCAUCCGCUACUACCCGUCUUUUGAGGACUUCAUGGCCGGCAGAAAUCACCGGGAUGAGUCCAUUGCGCCCUCCAACACUCACACUGAUGCGGUUCAGGGCCCAGGUACCAUAAUGUACGAUGGUGUUGUGUACUAUCAGUGCUACACCACGGCCGAGCUAUGCAGCUACAACCUGCAGACCAAAAAGAACCAGCGCUUGAAACUGCCUGAAGCCGGAGUCAACAACAAGUUCCCAUAUUGCUACUACAACUGCCGCGACUGGACCGACAUCGACCUAGCGGCCGACAGCGAGGGCCUGUGGGUGAUGUAUGCCACAGACAGCAACUACGGUAACAUGGUUCUGAGCCGAGUGGACAGGGAAGGUUUCAAUGUGACGCACACCUGGAAGACCAGGCUGUUCAAACGCUCAGUCACCAACGCCUUCAUGGUGUGCGGGGUGCUGUACGCCACACGCUACGUCGACCAAUACAAAGAGGAGGUGUUCUACGCCUUCGACACGUCUACGGGGCAGGAGGACAACACGCUGUCCCUGCCGCUGGAGAAGGUUUCAGCUGGCAUUGCCAACCUCCACUACAACCCCACCGACAUGAAGCUCUACAUGUACAAUGACGGCUACCUGCUGUCUUUCCAAGCUUUCUUCUGAGGAGAGAAGAUGCUAUGUAAUGAUGCAGGAUAUCACAGUUCAGACAGACUUCACUGCUAAAAGUGUAAAAUACUGUGCGAAGGUCAGAGAGAUUUAAAUAUAGGAAGGACCAACUGCAUAAUUAGGAGGGAAGUCAAAGGAAAAUAGGUGGAAAAAAGUCAAAAGAUUAUUAAAAUAUAAAAAGACAAAGGGGACUCCUAUCAACUGUGCACGACCUGGUCGACACCAAAACUGCCCCCAUCAGAUAAACAGCACUUAAAGCUUUCAUCUUUGAGAGAGAGGAGAAAAUCAAGCUGCUUCAGAUCUGAAAACAUCCACAGGUGUUUCUGUCCAU